AAAAUUUUUGUUGUAAUUAGUAAAAUAAAAAAAAAUCCAAAACAUUCUUUUGAGGAAUUCUGCGUGGAAAAAAAUUAUAAUAAUUUAUAAUAAAAUUUAAAUACGGCCAAAAAUACAUUAUAGACUGUAUAUUUUAAAAAAGAUGACUAUGGGUGAAAAUACUAUUGCUUCCUUAGUUUUUCCUAUAAUUUUAAGACCAAUAUUAACACAGUUGGAACAUAGAGAUUUGGGUGCAUCCCAAACUCUAAAAUCAGCAAUUUCGAAAGCUGAACAAGCGCAUAGUGGCUUUUCUUACGAUUUUUUAAUGGCAAUUAUUAAUAAAAUAGAGCUUUCCCAUCAUUUACCACCAGGACAAAAUUUGUAUUUGAAUGAAAUUAUUUUACGUUUACAAGGAUCAAUUUCAGAAAACGAGUUGGUUGAGUAUCGCUUAAACCGAGCUGAAGACGCAUUCCAAGAACUUAAUAAGAAAUCUGCUGCUUUAAAAAGAAUAUUAAGCAGAAUCCCAGACGAAAUAAGUGACAGAAAGACUUUUUUGGAGACUAUUAAAGAGAUUGCUAGCGCCAUUAAAAAGUUAUUGGAUGCUGUCAACGAAAUUGUUGGUUUCAUUCCGGGCUCAUCUGGAAAGCAACAAGUGGAGCAAAGGAAAAAGGAAUUUGUCAAAUAUUCGAAAAAAUUCAGUACAACUUUAAAAGAAUACUUUAAAGAGGGGCAGCCAAAUGCUGUGUUUUUAAGUGCUCUAUAUCUUAUUCACCAAACAAAUCAGAUAAUGAUAACAGUUAAAAAUCGUUGUGAAUAAUUUCAAGUAUAUAGACAUGCAUCUAUAUUUAUUUACAUUAGUUAUAUAAAUAUAAUGUUUUAUCAUUUUAUAAAUAAUAUAUUAAAAAAAGAGAAAUAAAUAAAGGCAAAUUAUUCUAUUAGAUA